AUGAGUAAAUCAAUAUACAUAUUAGGUGAUCUAAACUGUAAUGUAUUAAACACUGGGGAUCCUGCAUGCCAAGCUCUAUUAAAUUUCUGCUCCACUUUUAACUUGGCCCAACUAAUAACUCAACCUACGAGAAUAACAGAGUCCUCAGCGACUUUGUUAGAUGUUAUACUCGUUUCGAACAAAGAGCUUAUAAUUGAAUCUAAUGUGGUACCAAUUUCAAUAAGCGAUCAUGACUUAGUAUAUGCCACCCUGAAGUUAAAGAAAGAACGUCAAAAGCCUGUUUAUGUUAAUACCAGAAGCUUUCGACAAUAUAAUCCCAAUUCGUUUUCUCAAGAUAUGUCGUACGCACCUUGGUCGGUUAUAAAUGUUUUUGAUGAUAUAGACGACAAGCUUAAUGCAUUUAACCUGAUAUUGAAUAAUAUCUUGGACUUGCACGCUCCUAUCAAAAGAGUUAAAGUAAGAGGUCGACAAAACCCGUUUAUAACUGAAAAAAUUCGCUGUCUCAUGAAAACUAGAGACCACUGGAGGAAAUUGGCUAGACAAACAAAUGACACCUUAGCUUGGGCGGCUUAUAGAAAUUUUAAGAAGGAAGUGAGGCGAGAAAUUAGAUUAGCCGAACAAAAGCAUGUCAUGGAACAAAUAAUGAGUAAUUCCAACAACAAAAGAAGUAUUUGGAAAACAAUACGAUCUUGUAUCCCAAAACAAACCACGCGACAGAAGUCCUAUAAUAGAGAUGAAAAGAUCAUUGCAAAUGAGUUUAACACUUAUUUUAUGACUCUUGGCCAAAUAACUUCUGAACAAAUAAAUUCCUUGGCCGCUCAAUCUAAUUAUGACUUAACACAACCAGCAGUCCCCACUCAAGAAUACCCAGAUGAUGAACAAUUUUUCUUUAAGCCGAUGAGGAGAAAUCGAGAAUGUUAUUCGCUCAAUGCCAAUGAAUAA